UACUGUAUCCAGCUAUGUGCUAUUGUGCACUGUAGCCCUGCACCCCAGAUGGCCUCUCGGUACUUCUAGACAAGACCUCUCAAGAACCGAGCCACACUGAACAGAGAGAAAGAUGCUGUGUAGCCUGACCGGCAGAGCCAGCUCAAGGCUGGGCAGCCUCCUGCUCGCAGCUGGCACCAAGACAGUUACGCCGAAGUCAAGCAGCGGAAGCUUCCACGCCACUUUUACAAUGGCUACUGUCACGUCGUUUUACAACCAAGCGGCUAUCGACGCUUCAGCAGAAAAGGCCUCAGUUAGGCUGACCUUAGCAACCCUUCUGUAUUCUGGGAAAUCUCCGGAUGGACACCACAUCUUGAGCAGUGCCAAGUAUCUUCACAAGGAGCUGCCUGUGCGAAUUGCCCAUCGCAUCAAGGGCUUUCGUAGUUUGCCGUUCAUCAUUGGCUGCAACCCCACAAUUCUGCAAGUGCACGAGCUUUACAUCAGAGCCUACCAUAUGCUAAGUGAAUUUCCCCCGAUUAAAGAUCAGGAGGUGGACACUCAAUUCUGCAAGCUCGUCAGGCAGCUGCUGGAUGACCACAAAGAUGUGGUGACCAUGUUGGCUCAGGGUUUUCGGGAGUCUCGCCGACACAUCCAGGAUGAGACCAUUAUUCGAAACUUCCUGGACACAACACUGUGCUCUCGGUUGGGUAUCCGGAUGUUGGCCACACAUCACCUGGCUCUCCAUGAAGACAAUCCGGAUUUUGUGGGAAUGAUUUGCAGACGCUUGUCUCCAAAGAAAAUCAUUGAGAAGUGGGUGGACUUUGCCAGACGUCUUUGUGAGCACCAGUAUGGAAACUCUCCCAGAGUGAGGAUCAACGGACACGUAGCGGCUCGCUUCCCCUUCAUCCCUCUGCCGCUGGAUUACAUCCUGCCUGAACUCCUCAAGAAUGCUAUGAGAGCCACCAUGGAGUCUCAUCUGGAAACUCCAUACAAUGUCCCUGAUGUAGUCGUCACCAUCGCCAACAACGACAUUGAUUUUGUCAUCAGAAUCUCGGACCGCGGCGGCGGCAUCCCGCACAAGAUCAUCGACAAAGUGAUGGACUACCACUUCAGCACGGCCGAGGAGAGCGCACAGGACCCACGCAUGAACAACCUUUUCAACAACAUUACCAACAGUGGGAACCAGUCCAGUCCCAUGCAUGGGUUCGGCUUUGGCUUACCUACAUCCCGGGCCUAUGCUGAGUACCUCGGUGGCUCCCUCUCCAUUCAGUCCAUGCAGGGCAUCGGCACUGACGUCUACCUGCGUCUGCGCCACAUUGAUGGGAAAGGAGAGAGUUUCAGAGUCUAAGCCCUGUUUCGCCUCAGAGGACCCACCUCCACACUCCACACACAGGGACUUCAGGACUCGACACAAACCCACAUCUUUUUUUUUGCCUGAUUAUAAGCUAUGUUAGCUCUCGAGUUAAUGACUUCUCCUCUUGUGUAUUGUACCCAGUUGUGUGCUUUUUUUUUUUUUUUACGUUUUUAGAGAGUAACUGAAUUCUUGAAUAUGUAGUGUUUCGGGACAAACUGUGCAUGACUGUUUAUGUUAUUGAAACCGAAUGAACUGGACAGACACAGGAACUUCAGUUUUAAAGAGGUUCUCUCCUGUUACUGUUACUCAACUGCCCUGUUUGCUGAUCAAUAUGAAAGUGUUCAAAGUGAUGGCUUUAUCCAAAUCUUUCAGGAGGACACCGGUUUCUUGUGGUCCCACGCCUCGCCUCAAUAUAUGUAGCCGGUGAAAGGCAGUGAGUCGUCAUUGUUUUAGGGUUUUAAAAUAGUUUUUCAAGAAUGCUUGGUUGUUAUAUCUGAUUGUAAUGAUACAAAGACUCCUCUGCCUCCCGACUGUGUCUCUAAAACAUGCCAGUAUUUGUCAGUCAAACUGCCAAAAACACCGCUUUUCAAAGCUUUUUAACCUGAUUUCUGACAAUCUGUUUUCAGCAGUAUUUUUGUGGAUCUUUCAGGAAGGAAAGUCCAGAUGCCUUACUCUGCAAUGUUUAUUUCAAGUAGCUCUGCCUUUAUUUGAUCUCUGAUACACUCCAGUUUGUUGGGAAGUGUCUAGAACUGUGACACGUCAACGACAAUUUUCCACCUUUUUACUAUUGUUGUUAUUCCUCAGUAGUUUUUGGACUUUUUGGAGUGAUCCAGUGACAUAGUGCUAAAUAGCACCUAAUAUCAAACAACAAAGUCCACGGCAAAGACCUGAGUUGUGAAAAUGUGGUUUAGUUUGCCUUGAACUGAAGAUUCUUUUUCUGUGCACCUCAAAAAAAUUAGGUAACAUCAGCUUGGUCAAAAUUACUAUACAAGAUUAAAAGAAUGUUUAAAAUAGUCAGAUUAAAUACACCAUUAAUCCCCUUAUUACUCUGGAAGUCAUAUUUUUGAGGUGAAAAUCUGUAGCUGUAUAACUAGUACUCUAAACAUUCCCCAAAUCACUUGCCAUCACUACAUGAACUUGUAUGUUUACUGUUAUUUCUUGUUGAUGAAUAUGUUUUGGUUGACAUUGGAUUCUCUGUAAUUCCUUAGGUUGUGCAUGCACUUCUAGUUGAGAAAGAAACCCAUUAGUUUUCAUGAACGUUUACUGAUAGAAUGCAAAUAUCCUUAUUCAUCCUCAAAUCAACCUAUAAUUGGAUUUGUGGACACCGAAGGAGCUACUGUUGCAGUGGACUGGUUUAUU